AUGGCUGAACUAGCGCCGCGCGAGGUAUGGAGGCAAGCAGACGCCGUUUGCUUCGACGUGGAUAGUACUCUGAUACGUAUCGAGGGUAUCGACCAACUUGCCAGGCUCUGCGGGGCGGAGGAGCGGGUGACAGAGCUGACCCGGCAGGCAAUGGGAGGCUCUCUGACGUUCAGAGAAUCCCUGAGCCAACGACUCAACAUCAUUAGACCGUCUCGAGACCAGAUUGAGAAGUUCAAGUCACUUCACACCCCAGACACCAUUCUCACACCUGAUGUGCAGAGACUCGUAAAACUGCUGUUUCAGCGAGGUGCCGAGAUAUACUUGGUGUCCGGCGGAUUCCGAGAGGUGAUAGAGCCGCUAGCAGACCAUCUUGGCAUCCCCCGAGACCAUGUGUUUGCCAACAAACUACUAUUCACAGAAAACGGUGAGUAUAGAGGAUUUGAUGAAAGCCAGCCAACCAGUAGAUCUGGAGGCAAACCCACAGUGGUUGCGGAGAUCAAGAAAAAACACAAGACGGUUGUCAUGAUAGGUGAUGGAGCUACUGACAUGGAAGCCUCUCCUCCAGCAGACCUUUUCAUUGGGUUCGGAGGCAAUGUGGUGAGGGAGAAGGUAAAGGAAGGAGCCUCUUGGUUUGUCUACAAGUUCCAGGAACUGAUAUCAGAGCUAGAGAAUGACAGCACUGACUCCUAGACUAUUCAGCAAGUUUUUUUCCCCUUUGCAGCUCAGGUUCCCCAAACCACGUGUGGUUUCUUCUGCUGAGUUUCAGCAGUGCUAUAUAGUAGUAGAUCUGUGUCUGAUCAUAGAGUUUGCUACGUAUUAUAGCCUCUGUUUGUAACGUGCUCAUGCAAUUAGUUACUAUGGCAUUGCCAGAUUGGACAACAGCUGGUUCAUUUGGUCCUGUUCACUAUUAUGAAAGUGUCUAGGGAAAGUAGUUAUACUUCAACUGGUAGUGUUAUUUGAGCAAGUACUCUGCAUUGAAGCCAGGGAUCUUGUCGAUAAAGUCAGUGAACUCAGCCCGGAGUCUGGUGUACCUCUCCUCCCAGUCUGUCUUGAGCUCCGUCAUCUUCACCAGCUCCUCCUGGACCCCUCGAGUGGCCGCCGCUUCUGCCUCGCACUGUUCCCGCAGUCUGGAGCAUUUCUCCUCGCACUCCUUCCCCGCGACUGCCAAUCUACGGUCCAUUUCCUCCGUCAGUUCACGCCGCUGCUCCUCCAGGGCCUUUUCUCUCUCUUCUUUCAGUUGGACAAACUGCACCUCAAGCUCUCUGGCCUUUUCCAGCUCUGCUCGACGUUUCCCUGCGCGUCGCUCUUCGGCUACUUCCUCCAUCACCCUCUCAGCGUCUGCUUUGGCUCUCCCUUUCUCUUCCAACCUGGCCUCCUCGACUGCCGCUUCCCUCGCUCUCCCAGCCUCCUCCCACGCGCUCUUCACGGCCGCCUCCAGCGCAGCUUCGUGCUCUGCCACCAUUUUCCUCGUCCUAUCUGCGAACUCUCUCCUCAGCUCCUUCUCCAGACUCGCUGCAUGUUUGGCUACGGCUCUAAGUUGGCUCUGGUGGGCCUCGACGAACAGCUGCUGUCUCUCUCUCUUCCACUGUUGCCGUGCCUCCUCCAGUUCUCUAUCCCUCCUCUGGGUCUCCUCUCUCCUCACCACCUCCUCCGUGGAGCGGAUGGCCUUCUGCCGUUCUUGCUCCACCUCCGCCUCUCUCAUACACCGCAGCCCCUCCCCCACCUCUGCAAAGACGACUCAGCUCACAACACAAGGCUCUCUGGACGACGCAUCUCUUUCGACAGCGACUUACCAAGAAUGGCCUCGUGGCACAGAAUCUUCUUUUCUUCGCUCCACAUCUCGCUGGAAGCUAGCUCUGGAUCUCAGAGAUACCUAUGCGCAGUCAUUCGUCGCAGCCGCGGCUUUCUCAACCCUCGGCGCGCAUGCGCAGCGAGCCCUAUAGCAAAUGACGACGUACGUAUUAUACGUCCACCGUAAUAAACAUUCAUACAAAACUGAAGUCAGUGGUGACUGAAGUCCAUAAUAACAGCGGUGUGACAUAUACUGAGUGUUUCUUAGAGAUUUCCUCUCUUGGCUUGCUCCAACUCUAUUGCUUCAAACAGAGCCUUGAAAUUGCCUGCUCCAAACCCUGGUGGUUGUGUCUCUCUAUCACUUCCAAGAAGAGAGUCGGUCUGUCUUGCAUCGGCUUGGUGAAGAUCUGGAGGAGGUAGCCGUUGUCAUCGAAAUCCACCAGAAUACACAGUCGCUGGAGGUCGUUCAUGUUCUCCUUGACUGUGAUCUUGGCUCUCUCCAGUCUCCGUCGCAGCUCUGUGUAGUAGGUGUCGGGGAUUUUCAGGAACUCCAUUCCACGAGCCCUCAGGUUUGUGAU